AUGAAACCUCAGGAACAACAAGUCGAUGUUUUCAUCGUUGGUGCAGGUUUUGGUGGCAUCGGCCAGGCCUAUGCACUGCGCAACCUUGGGCUCUCUAUCAAGAUUAUUGACUCUCUCCCGGAUCUCGGUGGCACAUGGCUCACGAACACCUAUCCAGGUGCCUUGAGUGAUACAGAGAGUUUUGUCUAUCGCUUUUCAUGGGAUAAAGAGGAUUUGCAAACGUACCCUUGGAACCGCCGAUAUCUUCGACAACCUGAGAUUCUCGAAUACCUGAGGCAUUUCGCGAAGAGGCAUGAUCUCCGCAAGUACAUGGAGUUCAACGUCGAAAUGCAGUCGGCUGUGUGGAAAGAGGAGUCUCAUGUCUGGGAGAUUAAGCUCAGUACCGGACAGACCUUCAGAGCACGCUACUUUAUUCCUGCAAUGGGGAGCUUGUCGAAGCCAAAUCUUCCCGACAUUCCAGGGAUCUCGAUGUUCAAAGGAAUUGCCGCUCAUACAUCCCAUUGGCCGAACGACUUGGAUAUGACGAACAAGCGCGUCGGUGUCUUGGGAUGCGGUGCAAGUGGUGUUCAAAUCAUCACCAAAAUUGCCCCGUAUGUUGAAUCCUUGACAGCAUUUAUUCGACACCCACAGUACACGCUGCCCAACAACGACAGAAUGGUCACACCAGAGUACAGGGCCUGGGUCAAUGAGAACUACGACACGAUUUGGAAGCAGCUCCAAAACUCCCUGAUUGGGUUUGGAUAUGUCGAGUCAAACCGUCCACUGUUUUCUGUGGAUCCUGCGCGACUCCAACAGCUUCUGGAGGACCUGUGGAACAAUGGCAAUGGGAUGCGCUUCAUGGUUGAACAUUUCUGUGACAUCACCACCAACGAGAAAGCCAAUGAAGUGGUGUGCGAUUUCCUUCGAAAGAAGAUCUACGAGACUGUGAAGGACCCGAAAAAGGCAGCUAAACUCAUCCCUAACGAGAUCUGUGCGCGACGACCAAUCUCCAAUGAUGGUUAUUACGAAACAUAUAACCGGGAUAAUGUGUCAAUUGUGGACUUGAAGGAGACCCCAAUCGCAGAGAUCAUCCCUGAGGGCGUGCGGACCGAGGACGGGACCGUGCAUAAGCUUGAUGUACUUGUUCUCGCCACCGGCUUUGACGCAGUAGAAGGCAACCUUGUUCGGGUGAACAUCGUGGGUCGCGAUGGCAGGGAGCUUAAGGAUGUCUGGGCGACUGGCCCCAAGACCUACCUUGGUAGUUUCGUCGCUGAAUUCCCUAACAUGUUCAUAGUGAACGGUCCGAAGGGUGCAUUCGGAAAUGUUGUGCCAGCUGUGGAAGCUAGUGUUGAGUUUAUUACUCAUGCUAUCCAGCGAGCGGAGGAAGCUAGGGAAAGGCAUGGCUCCCACGCGAUCGUUGAAGCCACCCAGGAAUCAGCGGAUGAAUGGGAUCAGGUAUGUGAGGACGCCGCCAAAGGGAGCCUCUUCAACAAGUUGAAAACCUCCUGGUUCACUGGAGGUAAUAUCCCUGGAAAGGCGGUGGGUGUGAGAGCAUAUUUUGGAGGGCUGGGCAGUUAUCGAGCCAUCGGGACCAGUGCCACGAAGGACACCUGGAAGGGGUUCGAACCGCUCUUCUAG